CCCUUUGAAGAGGCACAAGGACAUCAGGCAGAUUUACAAGAUUUACAACUUAUUUAUCGUUCUGAUAAAGUCAUCAGCUGUGUGGAAAUAUUGGUUUGCCUUUGACAUGGGGUCUGGGAAGGAGCUACUUAUUCUUGGCUUAUUGUGUAUGCUGCGGAAAUGUUUCUCUGCUUGCACCAUGGGCUUCGAAUCAAAAGGCCGUGUCUGUGUUGAUACGAAUGAGUGCAUAGACCCCGGAUUCUGUGGGAAUCACUCAAAAUGCUUCAACACGAAUGGCAGCUACUAUUGUCAGUGCCAGCAUGGGUUCACAAACAAUCAUGGGAAAAGUAACUUCAAAAGCACAGAGGGACAGUGCAUAGAUUUUAACGAGUGCCUCGAUAAUUUCAGUAUCUGUGGUCCUGCUGCUAAUUGUUCUAACCAUAUUGGAAACUACAGCUGCACCUGCCACGCUGGGUACACAACUGCCAACAGUAGCCAUGUAGGCUGCAUAGGUGAGUUGAGUCUAAUUUUCUGUGUCAACAGCUUGGAGUUGAUUGGUGCUGUACUGUGAGUUUGCGGCUCAAAAUCCUAAAACAAUAUGCUCAACAGAAUCAUAAAGGUGUAACCCCAACUGCUGGGACAAAGAGAACAGGAGAGUGAGGGAGAUGUCAGUCAAGUAUGGUCUGCACGUGGUCCUGAAAACUCUGGUGUGGGUAUCAGUGCUUGUUGGAUCAUCUCCACUAAAUUAUCGUUGGGGGUUUGUCAGGGACCAAGCAGUAAAGGCAGGGACACAAGGUCAAAUAAAGUUUAGGCUUUAUUUAGCCAACAAAUCAAGUAAAGUUUCAAACCAUCCAUCCAUCGUCAAGGGUCGCCAAUCCCAACUGACAUUGGGCAAAUGGGGGGUACACCCUGGACAGGUCACCAAUCCAUCGCAGGGCCACACAUAGCCUGCAUGUCUUUGGACGGUGGGAGGAAGCCAGAGCAACCGGAGAGAACAUGCAAACUCCACACAGAAAGGAUGGGGCAACCGGGGUUUGAACCCACCACCCUCUUGCUGUGAGGCAACAGUGCUAACCACUGUACCACUGCACCACCCAGUU